CACCCCCUUCCUCUGAAAUAUCAUGUGAGGCUCUUCUCCCAAACAUGCUUCUUCUUAGUCUCUGUCAUGAUACAAGCUGACGCAACUUUUCAAACAUGGACUACAUCAACAGUACACAGACGGAACAGAAAAACGGCACGAAUGUCAGCAGUGUGUUCACACAUCAGGUUCUACCUGUGCUCUACUCAAUCAUCUGCGCUUGUGCCUUCAUUCUCAAUGGACUUGCCGCUUGGAUCUUCUUCAGGGUUCCCAGCUCCUCAGCUUUAGUUGUUUACCUAAAAAACAUGGCGGUGGCAGACAUUCUGAUGCUGUUUACCUACCCGUGGCGUGUGGUGGGUGAUCUUGGUUACGGCGGCUUGCAGUUGAAGCUGAUAGUUUGCCGCUACACAGCUGUGCUUUUCUACCUCAGCAUGUACACAGGAAUAACCUUUAUGAGUCUUAUCAGCUUGGAGCGCUACUUCAAAGUCGUCCGCAGCACCUCCACUGUGUCUUCCCUUCUGCAGCGCGUUUCGGUAGCGAAGGCUCUCGCGUUGCUAGCUUGGGGCGUCAUGAUGUUCUUCAUGCUGCCCAACACCAUAUUAACCAACCAGCCCAUGCCUAGGGUUUAUUCCUGCAUGGCCCUGAAAAGUGAACUGGGUCGGCACUGGCACGAAAUUUCAGCCCACUUCAACGUUGGAAUCUUCUGGAUGGCGUUCAUGCUGAUGGUGUUUUGCUACACCUCCAUCGCCUGUCAUGUGUACCGCUCUUGCAAACGGGUGCAACAGGACAGCAGCGAGGCAGGACGACGGUCAAAUCAAAGCAUCUUUAGCUUGCUGGCCGUGUUCGUCUUCUGUUUUGUGCCCUACCACAUUUGUCGCGUACCCUAUACACUUAGCCAAAGGCCUGAGGCUGGUUUUAGCGAGCACAGCCGCUUCAUUCUCUUCCAGUUGAAAGAAGCUACACUCUUCCUGUCCGCCCUUAACGUCUGUUUGGAUCCUGUUAUUUACUUCUUCAUGUGCAGGACAUUCAGAGAAUCACUUUUGCAGAAGAUGUCUUCUGUAAAACAAGAAAACAGGAGACCUUCAGUCGGCACUGGGCUGAGUAUCAGCAAUCUGUAAUAGAAAGAGCAAGAAGGGAAAUGCGCAUUGGCCGUUUACAAGAUGGAAAAGCAGAUAUUACAUUUUAAAACCACAUACCUAGCUGUGGCUUCCUUGCAGAAUGAGAGGUCAAACUGAAGUGGUGUUUUGCAAAAAAACAUUAAAUUUCAACCACAGCUUUCAAGAUCAUUUACUGAAAUAAACCAAUCCUUAAAGGGAAGGAAAAUGUCUGCCACCAUUUACUCACCCUCAUAUCAUGUCAUCUGACUUUAAAAAUAAAUGUUCCAGAAGGGGGUUUUCUCAGUGAUGCCACAGAAGAAACAUUUUUCUUAGUGUGAAGAACAUUUUAAUAAUCUAAAAAUCCUUUUUCCACUAUAAGGAGCCUUAUAUGUGUAAUGGAAAGUUUCCAUGGGUGUCAAAGGUUCAUUAUGGAACCAUAGAUGCCAGUAAAGAGAAUAUUUUGAAGAAUAUCCCAGACAAUCUUUUCUGUACAAUCAAAGUGAAUGAGACUUGGGGCAUCAAGCUCCAAAAUGACAAAAAAAGCAACAUAAAUAAUUCAUACAAUAGCUUUAUGUGAGGUCUUGUGUAAGUCUUUAUUCAUGGAAAAUCUUGCCCUUCUGCUGCAUCCUGCAGUUCUUAAAUCAAAUAAGGUCUAAUUAUGUGGUGAUGAUGCCAUCAUUUUAGGACAUCUGACAUUUGGUUAAGAACAUUUGGUGCCAUUGGCAGGGCCGUAGCUUGGGCCCCCCAGCUGUGGGUCCCCAUCGGAUGUGUUCCAACAUCGUAAGGGUUUGGAACAAGAUGAGGGUGAGACAAUAAUGACAUUUUGGGUGGAUCUACUCCUUUAAAAUGGCACACACUCCCACAAAUUUCAAACUUCUGUUGUUUACAUGCAGCACUGCACCACAAUGGUGGAUGUUCUUUGGCUCAGGAGAGACAGGAUGUGUUUAGACUUGACACUUAGUUGAUGCAGAACCCAUUUCCAUUGGUUUUUGCCAAUCAAAAUAUCAUCAAAAUAGCUUGCUUCUUUUACAGCAAUAUUAAAAACAACAACAAAACAGUC